UCAGUAACAGUUCAUUGUAAUGUCAGUGCGGUCCAGUUUACAGGCUGGAGCAGCAGCGGCAGCCCGCAUUUCCCUGAAGUAUUCCAUGAUUUCCACUCUUUGCAAACUUUAUCAUCCUUUCAGGCAGAAAGUCAGGAGGCUGAUUUCUACUCGCCUUUCUCCUAGAGACCAGUAUGCAGAGCAAGCAUGCAGUCACAAGUGCCCCCCUUUCUUGGUGGUUUCUUCUGUUCUGCACGCUUGUCGGGAGGUCCCACCCUGAAGAAGACAUCAUAGUCACAACCAAGACCGGCAAAGUCAGAGGCACGAACUUACCAGUUCUGGGCGGCACCGUCACCGCCUUCCUUGGGAUUCCCUACGCGCAGCCUCCUGUCGGUAGACUUCGAUUUCGAAGGCCACAGCCCCUGAACAAGUGGUCUGGAGUUUGGAAUGCUACAAAAUAUGCAAAUUCUUGCCAUCAAAACAUAGACCAAAGCUUCCCAGGCUUCCAUGGAUCAGAGAUGUGGAAUCCAAACACAGCCCUCAGCGAAGACUGUUUAUAUCUUAAUGUGUGGAUUCCAGCGCCAAAGCCAAAAAAUGCGACUGUAAUGAUAUGGAUCUAUGGCGGAGGCUUUCAGACUGGGACAUCCUCUUUGCAUGUUUAUGAUGGAAAGUUUCUGGCUAGGGUUGAGAGAGUGAUCGUAGUUUCCAUGAACUACAGGGUGGGUGCCCUAGGAUUCUUAGCUCUACCAGGAAAUCCCGAGGCUCCAGGAAACUUGGGUUUGUUUGACCAACAGCUGGCACUGCAGUGGGUCCAAAGCAACAUAGCAGCCUUCGGUGGGAGCCCUGCGAGCGUGACCCUCUUUGGAGAGAGUGCAGGGGCAGCUUCGGUUGGGCUUCAUUUGCUUUCGUCUAAGAGCUACCCUCUCUUCACCAGAGCCAUUUUGCAAAGCGGGUCCCCUAGCGCGCCUUGGGCAGUAAUGCCUCCUUCGGAAGCCAGGAACAGAACACUGAUGUUGGCUCAAUUUACUGGCUGUUCUAAAGACAAUGAGACUGAGAUGAUAAAAUGCCUUCAAACCAAAGAUCCCCAGGAAAUUCUCCUCAAUGAAGUAUUUGUUCUCCCUUACGAUACUCUCCUGUCAGUAAAUUUUGGGCCAACUGUAGAUGGUGAUUUUCUCCCUGACAUGCCAGAGACUUUACUCCGGCUGGGACAGUUUAAAAAAACCCAGGUCUUGGUGGGUGUGAAUAAAGACGAAGGCACGGCUUUCCUAGUAUACGGUGCUCCUGGUUUCAGCAAGGAUAACAGCAGUAUCAUAACUAGAAGGGAAUUUCAGGAAGGCUUAAAAAUAUGCUUUCCGGGAGUGAGUGCCUUUGGGAGGGAGGCGGUCCUCUUCCACUACGCAGACUGGCGGGAUGACCAGAGACCUGAGAGCUACCGAGAGGCUUUGGAUGAUGUUGUGGGGGACUACAAUUUCAUAUGCCCUGCGCUGGAGUUUGCCAAAGCCUUCUCUGAUUUGGGAAAUCACGUCUUCUUCUACUAUUUUGAACACCAGUCCUCCAAACUUCCGUGGCCCGAAUGGAUGGGUGUGAUGCAUGGCUACGAAAUUGAAUUUGUCUUCGGCUUACCUCUGGAAAGAAAAGUCAAUUACACCAAGGCCGAAGAAAUUUUGAGUAGAUCCAUAAUGAAACACUGGGCAAAUUUUGCAAAGUAUGGACACCCAAAUGGUACCCAGAGAAAUAGCACCGGAUGGCCGGUCUUCAAAAGCACUGGACAAAAAUACCUGACCUUGAACACAGAAUCACCAAGAACAUACACUAAACUACGUGCCCAACAAUGCCGAUUUUGGACACUAUUUUUUCCCAAAGUUUUGGAAAUGACAGGAAAUAUUGAUGAGGCCGAGCAAGAGUGGAGAGCAGGAUUCCAUCGCUGGAACAGUUACAUGAUGGAUUGGAAGAAUCAAUUCAACGAUUACACCCGCAAGAGAGAGAGCUGCAUGGGUCUCUAAUUAAUAGAUUUGCCCUUUAUAUAGAAUGUUCAUUUUCUUAUAGAUGAAGGUAAAAAUAUUAGUAGCUCUCUAUACACCUUCAAAGAAAGCUAUUAUAUAGCUGUAACAAAAAUGCCAGCAGGGUAAUAUCGAUUCUGCACAUUUUUCAUUCAGUAUUUUACCUAGCAUUUCAAAAUCCAAAGAGCUAGACCAUGUUUAAUUAAAUUUCACCAUAUAAAAUUUGACAAUUAAUUAUAUGCAUACUAAAAUGAUGUGCUACUUCUCUUUCCUGAAUAAUUUUAUUUCUUCCCUAAAAUAUAUGUAUUCUAUUUUCAGUCAUGUCUGUAUUUUCAUUGACAUUCAUAUAAAGGUAUGUUUUUAAAAUGAACUAUAUCUUGAAACACUGGAUCCUAUACAAUAUGAUUUCUUCUAAUUAAUUUAUCAAAUUAACAUCAGUAUGUGAUAUGGAAACACACACAAGAGUAAUAGUCCUUGUUUUUUAUGUAAGGGCAAGAGGGAAUAUUCAAAUUAGAGGCUCAGUCUUUAGGAGGCAUCUUCUAGAAACAAACCACUACUACCAAUAGACACAAUCAAGGAAGUUCUGCACAGAAUUCAAAACCGAACUUUCCGGUUACCCAAGGUGAGAAAAUUAGCUCAUAAAAUCACUUGAAGUAGGGUACAGGUGUCGCACUCACAUUAGGUUUGCUGUUCUAACUGUUGCUCUCACGAAGCAUACGUUCAAGGGUCUUCAGUGCUGUAGAUAAUGAGGUCCCGUGUCAUAUGUCUGAGGAAUCUGUAUCAAAACAGGACCCGACUUACCCAGAGAAGCAUGCUGGAGCCCUGAAAGCACGCCGGUGGCACCACGGCGGUGGCGUAGAAUGGGCAGCUUGAGCAUUUGUCCGCUCUUUGCCGUUGUUCCUUGUUGGAAAGAAGGAAGGGCUGUAAAGCAAUAAUACCUCUUUACUAGCAGCACUCCUCAAAGCUGGCUUGGCUUUUAUCACAGCAAUCUCUGCCCUACCGUGAACGCUCUCACUCUUUGUGUGAUGACCGUUGAAAAAGAUGUUUCCAUGUUCGAUUCUAACUCAGGGACCUCGAUACAAGGGAGAAACGUGUAUAGAGAGACAGAAGUGAGUGUUCCAGACUUCUUAGACAUGUCCACAUCAACAGGCUCGAAAGUGAAAAAAAGAGUUUGGUCAGUUAAAAAACUGGCAAUGUGCAGAUAUUAAAAUUCCAAGACAGUGUGAAGUCCUCUCCAGCUGACAGAGUACAGAGUGGUGGAAUCACCACAUAAAUGUAAAAACCUAUAGAAGCUAUCACUGGAUUUGGAUAAAAGGUUCAGUACAUGUCUCAAAAGUAGGACAAGUAAUUGUGUCUCAAGUUCCAACAGGAGUACAAUAAAUGCAACUACUAUCAAGAAAUUAGUUCCAUCAAUUAUUUGCAUACUGAGAAACAGUUAUGUUUGAUGUUUUGAUUCUAAAAAUGUGUAUGAGGGUUAACAAGUCAUUUACCUCAAAAAUAGCAUAGUAACUAAUUUUAAUUUUUCCAGAAAUUAGCUGCUGAAUAUUGCAAGCACAAAGAAUAAAAAAUUUUAAAUAAAAUUAUUUCUAGUCAAAGUGAAAAUAAAUUUCAGGAGCAUCUUCACAUAAUUUCAGCUGUGACCUAUUCAGCAAAUAUCCCAAUAAAUGAAUCCUAUGUACAUUGCUGAAGAAUGUGAUAAACCCAAGAUGCAUGAGCUUCCUGUCGCAUGAUAUCAUAGUGAUUUCAACAAAAAUAUUUCCUUUAUGAGUUUAUUUAAAAUGAAGGUGUUCAGUAGAAAGAAUUUUAAGUUUUUUACUAAAUUUACAUAAGAUAAAUAUAAACUUAAUGUACCAUUUCUCAGCUUUCAGACUGUCAGAAAAUAAAGAUCAUCAGGUUUGAAAA